GGUGUAUUUCUGUACAGGCAUUGUUUUAGACUGCUGUAGCUUAGGUCCUUCUACUGGAGGUGACAUUCAGUCCGCUAGUAGGAUCCUGUCUUCUACGUGCUCCGUAAAGUCACGUCAUGGCACAGGCAGCGCAGAAACUGGUCGCCAAAGUACCAACUUUGGUUAGCGCCGCUGUCUCCUACUCCAAACCUCGGCUUGCAAGCUUCUGGUAUUACGCUCGCGUUGAACUUGUUCCACCCAGCCCAGCCGAGAUCCCCAAGGCCAUCGAGGGGGCAUCUAACCUGGUCAAGGCCUUCCAGUCUGGACGUCUCGGACAAACAACAGUGAAGGAUGCUCUAAGGAAUGGGCUGGUGGCCACUGAAGUGCUGAUGUGGUUUUACAUUGGAGAAUGCAUCGGCAAAGGAGGAAUUAUUGGUUAUGAUGUCUGAACUUAAUUGUCAUUAUUUCUGCAACAAUAAAAAUAUGUCUAUUACGUACAAA